CUCUUUGCGCCACUCAACGGCACCGGAAGUCGGGGUGCGCAGGCUUCGGGAAGCUCUUCUGCUGGCUUCUUGCUCUGCUUCGAGGGCACGGUGUCGCCAUGGUCUCAGACGAAGAUGAAUUGAAUCUACUGGUCAUCAUAGUUGAUACCAACCCAAUUUGGUGGGGGAAGCAAGCAUUAAAGGAAUCUCAGUUCACGCUGUCCCAGUGCAUGGACGCCGUGCUGGUGCUGGGGAACUCCCACCUGUUCAUGAACCGCUCCAACAAGCUGGCUGUCAUUGCCAGUCACAUUCAGGAGAGUCGGUUCUUGUAUCCUGGAAAGAAUGGCAGACUUGGAGACUUCUUUGGAGACCCCGGCAGCCCCACUCCUGACUUUAAUCCCUCUGGGAGUAAAGACGGCAAAUACGAGCUGCUCACAGCAGCCAACGACGUGAUAGUGGAGGAGAUUAAGCAUCUGAUGACCAUGAGUGACAUAAAGGGUCAACACACAGAAACUCUGUUGGCCGGAUCCCUCGCCAAAGCCCUGUGCUACAUUCAUAGAAUGAACAAAGAAGUUAAAGAUAACCAGGAGAUGAAAUCAAGAAUAUUGGUGAUCAAGGCCUCAGAGGACAGUGCACUGCAGUACAUGAACUUCAUGAACGUCAUCUUCGCUGCGCAGAAACAGAAUAUUGCAAUUGAUGCCUGUGUCUUAGACUCCGACUCGGGCCUCCUUCAGCAGGCUUGUGACAUCACAGGAGGGCUGUACCUCAAGGUGCCCCAGAUGCCAUCCCUGCUGCAGUAUUUAUUGUGGGUUUUUCUUCCUGAUCAAGACCAGAGAGCUCAGUUAAUCCUCCCGCCCCCGAUUCAUGUUGACUACCGGGCGGCUUGCUUCUGUCACCGGAACCUCAUCGAGAUCGGCUACGUGUGCUCUGUGUGUCUGUCGAUUUUCUGCAACUUCAGCCCCAUCUGCACCACGUGUGAGACGGCCUUCAAGAUUUCGCUUCCUCCUGUGCUGAAGGCCAAGAAGAAGAAGCUGAAAGUCUCCGCAUGACACAGUGGGGUUUCCUUUAAGGCUGUUGUGCAUAGAGAUGGUGGGAGAAUCUCCCUGGGGAAGCUGAUGUGGACAUCCUGGCCCAGAGCGUCUCCCCAAGUCUGCUCGGGCUGGAGAAAGCAUAGGUUUGUGGCUUUGACUUUUUAAUGGGGCUCAUUUGUCAGAGCCGCCUGCCGUCGCCGAUUCUAGGCUUUGGUCCUCUUCCCAAGUCUGCAUCCUUACUGCGAAGGUGGGCCCAGCAUUGGAGAAAGUAACCGAGAGAGCGGCCUCAGAUCACACCGAGCCUCCGGAUAGUUGUGGAAUACACCCCAUGUCCGUGUCCAGAGCAGCCUUGGAU